AGAAGAAUAUUUACCUCCACGCUCUUGCUUUGCUGAUUUGCCUUCCAACGUGAGUUCGCGACUCGUAUCGAAAGCCACAAGAGGACGAAAACACACAUUUUCCUGUUGUUACUCCUUUUCCCCCUCUUCCAGUUGCUGACGUGUCGUUUGCAUCAUUCAACAUCUUUUAUUAGUAUUAUUAUUAUUGCUAUACAUUUCCAUACGUGAACGCGCGCGCCCCCUAUGUCCCAGAAAUCGCUCUACGUCACGCCUCGUGCGGUGCCGUACUGCACCCUCGCCAUCGCCAACGCCUUCAAGGACUUGACCUCGAAGCAGCGGCACUACGCUCACCACAUGAUGAUGGCCGGGUGGUGCGGCGCCCCUGUCGUGGCUCAGCAGCUCAGUCCCGAGUCGCUCCCCCUUCUUCGCUUCUUCUACAAGUUUCUCAGCGCCCAGCCCCUCGAGGCUCUGCGGGCGAACACGGCGAGCGCCGGCGUGGCGGCGGAGGCGGUCGAGCAGUUCCUCGAGUACUUUGCGUUGGUGUACUCGAACAUGGGCAACUACAUGUCCUUCGGCGACAGCAAGUUCAUCCCGGCCGUGCCUAAGGAAACCUUCGCGAAGAUCGUCGCGAGUGCUGACGCGGCCGCGACGAUGGACGCCGCGCUGCUCGACGCGAUCUACGACCUGCACGAGAGCAAAUUGACGCUGGACUUCCCGCCCAAAGGCAGCACGCGGUACUACAGCCCGAACAUCACCCGCGAGGACGCCCUCGUCGCGAAUGAAUUUCUCGCCUCGAAGAAGAUCGACGGCGUCAACACGCGCGUGUUCAAAGAGGACGACGGCACGCUGGUGAUCCGCGUGGCGGCGGCGGAAGAGAAGACGGUCCCGGCGGUGACCUUCAACGGCCGCGCCGUGGCGAUGCACUUCGGUGACUUUAAGGAGGAGAUGGCCCGCGUCGUGGGCGAGCUGCGCCAGGCGCGCGCCUACGCGGAGAACGACAUCGAGGUGCGCAUGCUGGACCACUACAUCGAGCACUUCUUGCACGGCGAUGUCGACGCGCACAAGGCGAGUCAGAAGGAGUGGGUGAAGGACGUCGGCCCCACCGUGGAGACAAACCUCGGCUUCAUCGAGUCGUACCGCGACCCGUCCGGCGUGCGGGCGGAGUGGGAGGGCUUCGUGGCCGUCGUGAACAAGGAGCAGUCGAAGAUGUACGGUGCCCUGGUGGCACAGGCUGAGAAGUUCAUUGCCCAGCUGCCGUGGGGGGCGGCCUUCGAGAAGGACGUCUUCACCAGCCCAGACUUCACCAGUCUCGAUGUGCUUGGCUUCGCCAGCAGUGGCAUACCGGCGGGCAUCAACAUCCCGAACUACGACGACAUUCGCCAGAACGUUGGCUUCAAGAAUGUGUACCUGUCGAACGUGGUGGGCGCAAUUACCUUCAAGGAGAAGGUGAACCACAUCACGGACGCCGACUGGGAGGUGUACAAGACGAGCGUGCUUGCGGCGACGUCGGUGAACGUGGGCAUCCACGAGCUGCUCGGCCACGGCACUGGCAAGCUGCUGACGGAGGACGACGACGGCCGGCUCAACUUCGACAAGAACACGAUCGACCCCAUCAGCGGCCACCCGGUCACGUCGUGGUACAAGCCCGGCGACACCUACUCCAGCGUGUUUGGCGGCAUGGCCAGCUCCUACGAGGAGUGUCGCGCCGAGGCCGUCUCGCUGUACUUGUGUCUGCAGCCGGCGCUCUUGGAGAUCUUCCACCUCACGACGGCACAGGAGCAGCAGGACGCGAUUUACAUUUGCUGGCUGAACAUGGUGCGCGCCGGGCUGUGCGGAUUGGAGUUCUACACCCCGGAGACGCAGCAGUGGCGGCAGGCCCACAUGCGGGCGCGCUUCUGCAUUCUCGAGGCCCUCGCGCGUGCGCCGAACCCGAUCGUCCACAUCACGGAGGAUGAGAAGGACGGCCUCCUCAUCACCCUCGACCGCGAACGCAUCGCGACGGACGGCCGCAAGGCGAUCGGCGAUCUCCUGGUGAACCUGAACGUGAACAAAUCAGCGGCGAACGCGACGCGCGGCGGGGAGUACUACCGCGACAUGACGACCGUGAACGACACCUACGUGCGCUACCGCGAGAUCGUCAUGGCGCGCCGCAAGCCGCGCAAGCAGUACGUGCAGCCGCACACGCGCAUCGUCGCUGACUCGGUCGAAGUGGAGGAGUUCGCCGGCUCGGUGGAGGGCGUCGUGAAGUCCUUCCUGACCCGCCACAGCGCGGUGCCUCUGUAGAUGCUCCUACGAAGAGGAGGAAGCCUGCACGGUUGCUGCACCCAGACGUGUUGGGGAGAGAGGGAGAGGGGGAGGGGGUUUACCGUGUCACACCUGUUGUUCAAUCCAUGCCGUGGUGCGUAGCUGCGGGAACGCGUGCGGUUUUGUUUUGUUUUGGGCGAGUGCGACCCAACGAAGUGACACGACCGCGUGGCUCCACCUAAAUCUCCAUGAGACGGCAUCGAAGUGGUGUUUCUGUUUCGGUGUUGGUCCCGGCUUCAUCGCUACAGCUUCCGUGGGUGCUAACUACUCUGUGCGCACAUUUAACGGGUUCUUUAUAUUAAACAUGAGCGAUGAGCGUCCUUUAACGACACUCUUUCCGCUCUUUCUUUUGUUCUUCUGAUAUCGGUAACGUUGAAAAAUGAAUGGAUUAUUCCUCCUCUUGCCCAAACUAAAGCCCCUUUCGCUCCCCCAAACAAU